AUGACAACCGUGCGCUACGCCACGCCACGCGACGGCAACAUGAUGAAUUUCGACUCUGGCACCGCCUAUGCCGAGUCGGACGCCGACGACGAGUACGAGAGAAGCCUGCACACCAGCUCCCCCGUGCUGGCCACCGACUCCGAAAUCUCUCCCACCGACUCCGAGGGCCGCUCCUCGACCGAGCACACCCCGACCACCUACGGCCAUCGCAGCAGCGCUGACAGGCUGCCCGAGACCAUCAUCUCCGAAUGGACCGCCGACGAAUGCGCUGAUUUCAUCGCCACCAUUGGCCUGCAGCAGUACUCCGAUCGCUUCAUAGAGAACGAGAUCGUCGGCGAGGCCCUGAUCGCCCUGCUUCACGAUGACUUGAAGUCCAUGGGCAUUUCUAGUGUCGGCCACCGUCUGACCAUCCUGAAGAGCGUCUACGAUGUCAAGAAGGCCCAGGACGUCCCUAUAGAAAGCGACCACUACGUACCCCUGUCUGCCGAUGCCGAAGCCCAAUAUGCCACCGCCACUCUGAAGGACAUCAAGCAUCUCGUAGAGCAGCUGCGGCUGCGGGAUGAGAGGAUGAGCCUGGUGGAGCAGGACUUGCAGCGGCUGACCGAAGACUACAGGCGCCUGCGCGAAGACAUGCUACCCGCUCUCCGCCUCGCCAAGAACGCCCAACAACCGCUGCCCAACGUCUCCGCCAGAGACAACCAGGGCUACAGCUACGAGUCUUCCACCAUCUCGCCCCCCGCGCCUACGCCUUCCUCCAUCCAAUCGGGUGGCGGCGGCCUGAAGAGGCAAUAUUCCACAAAGAAGAUUGUUCUGGGUACGACUCCCAAAAACAUGUCUCCUAGCCAUCUGCAGACCACUCACGAGAGGCCGUCGGUAGAGCAAACCCUCGACCCCGCCAGUGCCGCCGAGAGGGCCGUCCUCUCCUCGUCACAUCUCGCCGCCAUGAACGGCUCGGCCUCGGCCACCUCGCCGGGCUACUCCCCCAACAUUCCCUCCCCGACGUCGCCGCCCACCAUGGGCAGCACGACUCUCGCCUCGCGAUCAUACCGCUCCGACCAGCCCACACCAUCCACUCGCACGACCUUCUCCGAAAACGACCACGCCUACAACUCGAAGCAGCCCGCACCCCCACGCCGCAUGCAGACGCCAGCACCCGACACGCCGGGCUCCAGCUCGGCAUCCGUCGAGAUCUUCAAGUCGUUCAGGGUCAGCAUGGACGACCCCUGCUACAAGGUCCUCCCGGCAGCGCUCAAGAAGUACCAGAUCAACGAACCCUGGGACAAGUACGCCCUGUACAUUGUGUACGGCGACCAGGAGCGCUGCCUAGGCUUGGACGAAAAGCCGCUUAUCCUCUUUAAGCAAUUGGACAAGGAGGGCAAGAAACCCAUGUUUAUGCUACGAAAGACGAAUACAGCCCAGGUCGAUGCCGAGACGCCGGGUAGUGCCGGUCUCAACUCGGGCAGGGGAGGUGCAUACGAUCCACCAGGCGGCAUCAUAUGA